GGCGCGCGGCGGCCUCCUCCCGCUCGGAAGGUCCCAGGUGUGACACCUUCAGCAGGUCUCAGGGAAGAUGGCAGCCCUAGGGGACGUUCAGAAGUCCCCUUCUGUCCCGUCCCCUGUCAGUCUCUCAUCACCGGGGACACCUGGAGCCCAGCACCACGAGCCUCAGCUUCACCUCCAUGGGCAUCAACAUGGCUCCCCGGGCUCCAGCCCUGAGGUGUUGUCCCAGCCGUCUGACCUGGAUCUCCAGGACAUAGAGGAGGUGGAGAUCGGCAGAGACACCUUCUGGCCCGACUCCGAGCCCGAGCCGGAGCAGGCUCCACGCUCUCCCGGCUCUCAGGCCCCUGACGAGGGGGCGGGCGGGCGAGCCGCCGAGCUGGGAGUCAACUUCAGUCGGAGCCGGCAGGGCAGCGCGCGGGGGGCCAAGCCGCACAGGUGCGAGUCCUGCGGCAAGAGCUUCAAGUACAACUCGCUGCUGCUGAAGCACCAGCGCAUCCACACGGGCGAGAAGCCCUACGCCUGCCACGAGUGCGGCAAGCGCUUCCGCGGCUGGUCAGGCUUCAUCCAGCACCACCGCAUCCACACGGGCGAGAAGCCCUACGAGUGCGGCCAGUGCGGCCGCGCCUUCAGCCACAGCUCGCACUUCACGCAGCACCUGCGCAUCCACAACGGCGAGAAGCCCUACAAGUGCGGCGAGUGCGGCCAGGCCUUCAGCCAGAGCUCCAACCUGGUGCGCCACCAGCGGCUGCACACGGGCGAGAAGCCCUACGCCUGCAGCCAGUGCGGCAAGGCCUUUAUCUGGAGCUCCGUGCUCAUCGAGCACCAGCGCAUCCACACUGGCGAGAAGCCCUACGAGUGCGCCGACUGCGGCAAGGCCUUCCGCGGCCGCUCGCACUUCUUUCGGCACCUGCGGACCCACACGGGCGAGAAGCCCUUCGCGUGCGGCGCCUGCGGCAAGGCCUUCGGCCAGAGCUCCCAGCUCAUCCAGCACCAGCGGGUGCACUACCGCGAGUAGCCCGGCGGGGGCUCGGGGCGAGGCCUCCUGCCUGCCCCCACAGUGGGCAUUGCCCAGCACCGCAUGCCAUGUGUCCGGAAUAAAUUCUUUUUGAUUGUUGGAA